CCUGACUCGGCGCUCGGCUCCGUUCGGGCAUUUCCGCCUCUUUGUUUUAAACUCCGGACGGGUUUUUUUCUCCGGCUCUUGGGGGGGACCCGGAGGGAGCGGCGCCCCCUCCCCUCCCGGCGCUGCCCCCGCGUGCGCCCCGCUCGUCCGCAGCCGAGACGGCAGGCCCCAGCAUGUAGCAGAGGGUCCGGCCACCCAUCCAGAAAAUGGGAAAGGAGCAGAGGAGGGAAGGAAGGCGCAGGGGCGAAGACGCGGAGUGCGGAGCGCGGCAGCCGGGGCGUCUCAGCGGCACAGCCGAGGCCUGAGCGCCCAUGCGGAGGGAGCGGCGGACCCAGGCGUCUAGAGGAGAAGCCAAAGAUGUUGACCAGAAAGAUUAAACUCUGGGACAUAAACGCCCACAUCACCUGCCGUCUGUGCAGCGGGUACCUCAUCGACGCGACCACCGUGACCGAGUGUCUGCACACGUUCUGCCGGAGCUGCCUGGUCAAGUACCUGGAGGAGAACAACACCUGUCCCACCUGCAGGAUCGUCAUCCACCAGAGCCACCCGCUGCAGUACAUCGGGCAUGACAGGACCAUGCAGGACAUCGUGUACAAGCUGGUGCCAGGCCUGCAGGAAGCCGAGAUGCGGAAGCAGAGGGAGUUCUACCACAAACUGGGCCUGGAGGUGCCUGGGGACAUCAAGGGCGAGACUGGCUCUGCGAAGCAGCACUCGGACCCCCAUCGGAACGGGGAAGCCAAAGCAGACGAGAGCUCCCACACGGAGGCUGCGGAGGAGAAGCAGGAGGAGGACAGCGACUACCACCGCAGCGACGAGCAGGUGAGCAUCUGCCUGGAGUGCAACAGCAGCAAGCUGCGCGGCCUGAAGCGCAAGUGGAUCCGCUGCUCCGCCCAGGCCACCGUGCUGCACCUGAAGAAGUUCAUCGCCAAGAAGCUCAACCUCUCGUCCUUCAACGAGCUGGACAUCUUAUGCAACGAGGAGAUCCUGGGCAAGGACCACACGCUCAAGUUCGUGGUCGUCACGCGGUGGAGGUUCAAGAAGGCGCCCCUCCUGCUGCACUACAGACCCAAGAUGGACCUGCUGUGACGUGCGGACGGCCCGGGCACGGAGCACGGGCGCGGACCCGAGGCCCGGGGCCAGACUUCUGAACAGAGUAUUUAUCCCUUUUGUACGAGAGUUCACACUCGACGAGACACUACCAGCAGCACGGUGACAGGUGGCGACACACUUCACGGCUCCCGCGGCCACCGGCCCUCACGACCCUCAGCUCACGGACCCGCGGCCUCCCCGGCUCCCCAGGUUUCCACAGUCUCCGUCGUUUCCGUUCAUGAGUUAGGGUUCAUGAUAAAAACACGCGUGUGUAGGGUGGGUCCUCACUAAGUCACUGAAAAGCGUUUUCAUGGUGGCUGAUGAUGACUAUGUUGCCGUUAGCUCCCGGGAGAUCUAGAAGGAUUUGCUUCAAGAGCAAAACAAAAGAGGUUGCCACUCAGUGCGGUUCCCGCGGGGCUUGGUGUCCCUGUCGUGACCUGAGGGAGCCCCGUGUGCACAGCCGUCUCGGUAAAGUCACUUUGACCACUGAACGGCGCCAUCGUCAGAGCACGCUCCCUCCUGCUGCCCCGUGCCCGCGGAGAGGGAGCUGGUGGCCACAGGGAGUCCCAGACCCCUCGUCCCCGCUGCCGGGGUGCCCGCCCUCCCUGCCGGUCCCGGGGCCGGCGCUCAGCGACCCAAACCCAGCCCCAGGGACGCUCGCUUUCUCACCCCUUCUCCACCCAAGCGUUCACGUUUUUGUAGAAUCAGAGAAAACACAUUUGACAGCACACAAACGUGUGCCUUUAAAACAGUCCCUUGGGAUGCUGAAGGCGAGAUGGGGAGAAAGCCCGUUCCCGUGGUCACGUUCCCGUGUCAGUGUGGUCCUGGGCUCAUGGUCACUCGGUCCCCCGGCCCCUCCCACCGUCCCUGCCCCUCAGGCCUGUGGUCCCGGCCCUACGCCCACCCUGCCUCUGUGCUGGCUUUCCCACGAAGCCCUCACUUUAGGGACUAGAAUUUCCUCAAAUUGGCUCCAGACCCGUGGGCUCAUGGGCUGCUGCUUCCUGUUCCAUGUACACGAGGCUCAGAAGCAGCUACUGAUGAGCCGUCAGCAAAAAGAAAAAUCUCCAAAUUAAUUCAGUCCAGGCAAUUUUAACGUAAGGCCUUUAAACCCAUCGAAACCCGUGGUUAGGGAUUGGUCGAAUCGCUGUGUCAGCCAUGGCCCCGUCCUGUUCAUCCAUGCGGUUCUCCGUUGCUCUCCAAGGCCUGGCGAGUGGAUGUGUGUGAGCAACCAUGACCUGUCUACCUCAAAACACACAUUGCCGCUGGCGCAUCUGUCGAACCCAGGACCCCCGUGCGGUCUCCAGGCGUCGGGGAAGGGGGUUCCCGGGGGUGAAGAGGGGUGAACAGCGUGAGUCCACCUUCAGAAACAUGGUUCCCGCUCGGACUGGGCCGAUGGUGUCUGCAGCCGCCCGACGCACGUUGUGGCCUGUCGCUCGGUGCGACCACUUGAAUUUGCAUUUGCUAUGGUGCUAAGCUGAUACCUGACACGCCGAGAGGUGCGGCGGGCCGGCCGCUCUUCUGGCCGCGGGACCCGGGGAGCCCAGCAGCAGAGCCUAUUUUUCUACGAUUUCCUCGUGAGACUGUUCACGCAGACGCGGGACCUGCUGGUCGGACUGCAGCCCGUGGCCUCGGCUCGGGAGGCUGAGUCACUGUCUCCUGCGUGAGAGGCGGCCGGAGCGGCAGGCCUCGGGGUUUCCCAGGCGGAGUUCCCGUGACGUCUCCCUCCCGUGUGUGCGGCUGGGACGGCCGCUCAGCGCCUGCGCCCUCAGCAGCCGUGGGACUCACCGUGCGGUUUUCACGAAAACAGAAAAUUCAGAUAGAAUAUAUAAUAUGGAAUUUAAGAUUUGGGGGGUUGAAAAAGAAAACUUAACUUUAUAAAAUUAUUUAUUCUA